GACUUCCGGCGCGGGUUGCAAUCGUCGCGCUUGUCCGGCCCGAUGGCGGCCCCGCUGCUUCACACGCGGUUUCCCGGAGAUGCUGCUACCUCGGCCUCCGCAGUCAAGACUUUGGGCGCAUCAAGAACAGGGCUUUCAGAUAUGCUUGCACUAGAGAAUGAUUUCUUCAUUUCUCCCCCAAGAAAAACCGUUCGGUUUGGUGGAACUGUGACAGAAGUGUUGCUGAAAUACAAAAAGGGUGAAACAAAUGACUUUGAAUUGUUGAAGAACCAGCUGUUAGAUCCAGAGAUAAAGGAUGACCAGAUCAUUAACUGGCUGCUAGAGUUCCGUUCCUCCAUCAUGUACUUGACAAAAGACUUUGAGCAGCUUAUUAAUAUUCUGUUGAGAUUGAAGUGGCUGAACAGAAGUCAGACAGUGGUAGAAGAGUAUUUAGCUUUCCUUGGGAAUCUUGUAUCUGCACAGACUGUCUUCCUUAGACCAUGUCUCAGCAUGAUCGCCUCUCAUUUUGUACCUCCCCGAGUGAUCGUUAAGGAUGGCGACGUAGAUGUUUCGGAUUCUGACGACGAAGAUGAUAAUCUUCCUGCAAAUUUUGACACAUGUCACAGAGCCUUACAAAUAAUAGCAAGAUAUGUCCCUUCGACGCCAUGGUUUCUUAUGCCAAUACUGGUAGAAAAAUUUCCAUUCGUUCGAAAAUCAGAGAGAACAUUGGAAUGUUAUGUUCAUAACUUAUUAAGGAUUAGUGUGUAUUUUCCGACCUUGAGGCAUGAAAUUCUGGAGCUUGUUAUUGAGAAGCUACUCAAGUUGGAUGUGAAUGCAUCUCGGCAGGAUAUUGAAGAUGCUGAGGAAACAGCACCUCAGUCUGGUAGUGGAACAGAUGUCACAGAAGGGCUGUUUCACAUGGAUGAAGAUGAAGAAACUGAACACGAAACAAAGGCUGAUCCCGAAAGGCCCACUCAGAUGGUCCAUCCCGUAGCUGAACGCCUGGACAUCUUGCUGUCUUUGCUCUUGUCCUAUGUCAAGGAUGUCUGCUAUGUAGAUGGUAAGAUUGAUAACAGCAAGACAAAGGAUUUAUAUCGAGAUCUCAUAACCAUCUUUGACAAACUCCUGUUGCCCACGCAUGCCUCCUGCCACGUGCAGUUUUUUAUGUUUUACCUCUGUAGCUUUAAAUUGGGAUUCGCAGAAGCAUUUUUGGAACAUCUCUGGAAAAAAUUACAGGAUCCAAAUAAUCCUGCUAUCAUCAGGCAAGCUGCUGCAAAUUAUAUUGGAAGCUUUUUGGCAAGAGCUAAAUUUAUUCCUCUUAUUACUGUAAAAUCAUGCCUAGAUCUUUUGGUUAACUGGCUGCACGUAUACCUUAAUAACCAGGAUUCGGGAGCCAAGGCAUUCUGCGAUGUCGCUCUCCACGGGCCGUUCUAUUCAGCCUGCCAAGCUGUGUUCUACACUUUUGUUUUUAGACACAGGCAGCUUUUAAGUGGAAACCUGAAGGAAGGUUUGAGGUACCUUCAAAGUCUAAAUUUUGAACGGAUAGUUAUGAGUCAGCUAAAUCCUCUGAAGAUUUGCCUGCCCUCAGUCGUUAACUUUUUUGCUGCAAUCACAAGCAAAUACCAGCUCGUCUUCUGCUACACCCUCAUUGAGAGGAACAACCGCCAGAUGCUGCCUGUUAUCAGAAACACUGCUGGGGGGGACUCGGUGCAAACCUGCACAAACCCCCUGGACACCUUCUUCCCCUUCGAUCCCUGUGUGCUGAAGAGGUCAAAGAAGUUCAUCGAUCCUGUUUAUCAGGUGUGGGAAGACCUGAGUGCCGAAGAGCUUCAGGAGUUGAAGAAACCCAUUAAAAAGGAGGAGGCGGAAGACGAAGAAGAUGACUUUCUGAAAGGUGAAGCUGGGGUGACGCCGAGCUCCUUUGAUGCGCAUUUCCGAAGUCCUUCGAGUAGCGUGGGCUCCCCACCCGUCUUGUACCUGCCUGACCAGUCGCCCCUGAUGGCAAAGAUGUGUGAUUGACACACACUGCUCCCAUCAUGCUCGGCGGUACCAGGCUUCGUAUUUUUCACCAUCGCUUUGAACUAGAGCAAGUGUGUGCCUCAGGCAUCUUCCUUUCAAGUCCGACUAACUCCAGUGUCUGAACAGGUUUUUUUGUUUUUCUUUUCUGUUUUGCACCUCGAUAGACAAAAGGAAGAGGCAGACCAUCACGUGCACCGUUUUACAGUGGAGUUGGUGAUAAAUGUGGAAAGCGUGGCUUGUUUGUUGAAAGCAUACAUUUUUUGGUUACAGCUUUUUGACAUCAUUAUCAUGAAAUUUCCAAUGUCGGCAACUGCCCGUUUUUAACAGAUUGCCUUUUUAACAAGGUUUUUGUCACAACCAUAGUCCCAAGGCUUGGUUGAUAAGAUAUCUUUUCAUAGAAAAAAAUCCUCUGGGACACUAUUUCAAGCCUUCAGAAUGAGUAUAACUGGUUGGGUUACAUUGCCCACCCUCUGCUGUAACUGUACUUGUGUGUUGGGGUCCAGCGGACACAGAGAAGAGGAGAGGAGAAGGUGGGGAGGUGGCCAGAGCUGGUCCUGAUGCUGCAGGUUGCAGCUGGCACUGAAGGAGAGCUCCAGGGGCUUGAGAAACCAAUAAAGACCUGGAGGGAAGAGAGAGAGAACUUAGGGAACCAGAACCAGAGAAAGCAGUGGUUUCAGAAUGGACUUAAAAGAAGAAAGGAGUUCUGGGUAAAUGUGAUGCCCACCCACCAAAAGUGGGGCUGGACUUUUAGGAAACAGCUCCUAGAAUUUUACCCCGAGGCUCGCAAGAGUCCUCUUAGAACUGGAACUACUUGUUUGGGGUAGAGCAUUGUAUUGGUCAUUUGGAAAAUCUAUCCAAGUGGGGGGGGGGGGGAGAGAGAGAGAAAAAAUCUUAGGUCCUUUGGUGGAAGGGUUUUGCUAGCGACCACAGGGCAACAUGACAGCUUCAGGCCCUGUCUACUGGCUGUUGGUACCCUGGAUGCCAGCUCAGUGAAAUCUUGUGGUGAGGCUCUGUUUGUAUUUUUAUAACUAAACAUUGAGAGAGGAGUCUGAACAACCCUGCUUUGCAACAAAUUUGUGCAAGCGCUGCUAGAGUCAUUUUGAAGCUCAUGCAUAUUUUAGCUCCAUCUCUUAUUUGUAUACUUUUUUGUUAUUUGUGAAAAUGGACAUUUUUGAACAUAUUUAUUUUUCUGCCACUUUUUCCUAUUCUUUAUUUAAAAAGACAAGAGAUACUUUCUUGAUCAUAAAUAUUUUGUAAUGAAAUACUUUCUUUUUCCUAGCGCUUUGUAGGCUCUUGUAUAGUUAUAUCGAUGGCAAUGUAGUUUGAAUUUCAGUCUGUAAAUAAGUUUUUGGCAAACAGAAAUUUUUAUUGUUUUAAAGAGUUUUGGAUAUUGGUAAUUUUUGGGGGGUGACUUGGUGGAGAGCCUUUAGGUUCUCUGUUUUUUUUAACUGCUGACAAAAAGUGGGAUUUUUGUAUAGUGGAUAAAAUGAAUUAUUGAAAACGUGCCUAUAGAAAUUAAUGGUAAGUGGGGUCUUUGUAGAUUCAGAAGUAGUUUUAACGUAGAAGGAUGUAAAUACAAAUAAUUCUAAUUUCAAAGGCAUUUGAGGAAAAAAAAUGCAUUGUGACAAUAAAACAAUGAUAUGGUUAAUCUAGAACUUUAUAAAGGGAGUACCCCAAUAAAGAGGCUUCUCACCCAAA